AUGGCUUCCGAAGAUCCCUUUGAGAAAUCUAAAGCCGAUGCUCCUAAAACUUCCGAUCACGAAGUAUAUUCAGUGUUUGGCGCCCGCGUCCGGCGCGUUGUGACCAUCAUCCUCGGCGCCGCCACCCUCGCCUCUCCCUUGACCGCCACCAGUUACUUACCACUCCUCCCUCUUCUCUCGGCCCAUUUCCACGUCUCCCUCCAGCAGAUCAAUCUGACUAUAACGGUAUACAUAAUCUUCCAGGCGGUGGCCCCGCUGCUUAUCUCGACGUUUUCCGACACGUUGGGUCGGCGACCGCUGUUUCUGGCGUCUUUUGCCAUCUUCGCCCUCGCCUCGCUGGGGCUGGCGCUCAAUCGCUCCAGUUAUGCGGGGCUGCUCGUGCUUCUCGCAAUGCAGAGCCUCGGAUCCAGCGCCGUGCUCAGCAUCUGCUACGGCACCGUGACGGACAUGUGCAUGCCCAGCGAACGGGGCAAGAUGCUCGGUCCGGUGAUGACGGCGGGGAAUCUGGGCACCGCCAUCGGCCCUCUCGUGGGUGGCUGGAUCGCACUGGGAUCCGGUAGUGCGUGGUGGGCGUUUUGGGUAUUGUUGAUCUUUGCCGUCGUCAUGCUUGCGGCCCUCGCUGCGUUGCUACCGGAGACGGCAAGGAACGUCGUAGGCAAUGGACAGGUCAAGGACAAGGCGUGGAAUCGGCCGCUGAUCGACCUCCACAAAAGGUGGGAUCCGGAAUCGGGCUCUGGGAGCAACAACCACGCAGGCGGGCUGCCGACGAGAAGCUUGAAGUUUCGCAGUCCGCUAACGUCGAUCCGGAUCAUGGUCUAUCCCGACACCGCACUCAUCCUGUGGAUUGUCGGCACGUUCUACGCCUUGUGGUACACGGUCCAGUCGUCGAUCCCGUCCACAUAUGGCCGACAUCCAUACAACUUUGACGAGCUGCAGAUUGGCCUCGCAUAUCUCCCUGGCUCGGCUGGGGUCAUUGUCUGCAUGUAUAUCACCGGCAAGGCCAUGGACUAUAACUACCGACUCGUGGCGAGGCGGACUGGCUUCGAGGUGGACAGGGUCAAGGGAGACGAUCUUGCCCAGUUCCCCAUCGAGAGAGCCAGAGGCAGAGGGUGUAUCUGGCUCCUACUUACGAGUCUGGGGGUCACUGUCGGGUACGGCUGGGCCAUCGAAGAACGUGUCCACGCGGCCGUCCCAUUGCUGUUGCAAUCUGCCAUGGGGUUCCUGGUGACGUGGAUUGUCAACUGCUUCAAUGCUCUUCUUGUGGACGGAUACCCGAAGAUGCCCAGCACUGCUGCAACAGCCGGCAACCUGGCUCGGUGCGCGAUGAGCGCGGGUGCCGUGGCAGCCAUGCAGCCACUAUUCGAUGCUAUAGGGCGAGGAUGGUUCUUCACUCUGGUCGGCACCUUGACCGGGGUCGGUGGAACAGCAGCGCUUUGGACAUUGAAUAGUAAAGCUAUGGUUUGGAGAGGCAGAAGGAAUCGAACGGACGAACAAGUGACGACGAUCCAUAAUUGA